UCUUCAUCCAUUUCUCUGCUCUUUUUCUCCCACUCCCAUGGCGGAACGCGUCCAUCCCGCCGAUUCCCCCCGUCCGAGCACUUCCUCCGCCGCCUCCGACGUCGCCACCAAGCCUCAGCCUCUCUCUCCCGCCGCCGAGAAGCCGCCUCCGACUCCUGGAACCUACGUCAUCCAGAUCCCCAAGGACCAGAUAUACCGCGUUCCGCCACCCGAAAAUGCUCGCCGCUUCGAGCAGUACACUCGCCGCAAGCACCGCCGCAGCCGCUGCUGCUGCUGCCUCUACUGGCUUCUCGCGAUCUUCCUUAUUCUCAUCGUUCUCCUCGGAAUCGCUGUUGCGGUUUUCUACUUCGUCGUGCGCCCUAAAUCGCCUAAUUACUCGAUCGACGCCAUCGCGAUUAGAGGAAUCAACUCGUCCGCGGCCGCCUCGAUCUCUCCGGAGUUCGAUGUCUCCGUCCGAGCGGAUAAUCCGAACAAGAAGAUCGGAAUCUACUACGAAUCAGGUAGCUCCGUCCAAAUCUAUUUCUCCGAUGUGAAGCUAUCCGACGGCGUUUUGCCUGCCUUCUUCCAGCCGCCGAAGAACGUCACUGUGUUCGGAUCGACGUUGAGMGGAACCGGCGUAAAUCUGUCGACGAAAGCGAACGAGGCGCUGAUCGAUUCGCAGAGGCGGCAAUCGGUGCCGUUGAAGGUGGAGAUUCGAGCACCGAUCAAACUGAAAAUAGGAUCGGUGAAGACGUGGAAGAUCAGAGUGAAGGUAGUAUGCGACGUGACGGUGGAUCGGCUGACGGCGGCGGCGAAGAUCGUUUCGAAGAACUGCGAUUACAGUGUGAAGCUAUGGUAGAAGGAAGUGAGAUUGAGUUUCUUCUUCUUCCUCUUUUUCUUUUUUCCUUAAUUUUAAUUUAAAUUUUAGAAAUGUUACUGUAAACUUUGUAAUGAAUAUACACAUGAUUUUGAUUUUUUUUUUC